AUGGGACGUCGUAGAACAAUAUUAUGUUUGAUUUGCUAUGUAAUCAAUAGUGUGAUUAUUUAUGCACAAAGCCCCAUUGGUUUAGAGCCACCUGCAUCUGAUCGCGGUCUUAUGGUAGGAGCAGCAGUUGGUAUACGCCAUUUGCGAAAUAAUGUUGAUGACGUUCGAUAUAGAUCUUAUCUCGAACGAAAUUUUAAGAUGAUUGUACUAGGGUUCGAACUGAUGUCAAUGCAAAUUUCGAAAGGAGAAAAUCAAUAUAAUCUUACUGAUCCUGAUUGGUUGUUGGAUCCAACAAACUUAUUAUCAAAUUCAUGA